AUGUCGGAGCCAGCAUCAUCAUCAUCCAGCGCCGAUACUAAUCCGGAUAAUACGAUAAAGUUCCUGGUUGCGAGCGAUAUUCAUCUCGGCUACGACGAAAAAAACCCGAUUCGCGGCGAGGAUAGCUUUCUGGCGUUUGAGGAAGUGCUCCAGCAUGCGGUCGAGAACGAUGUGGAUGCAAUCCUGCUCGGUGGGGACCUUUUCCACAUUGCCAAUCCUUCCACGAACACACUGAACCGUUGCUUGCGGCUAUUGAAAACCUACACGCUUGGCGAUAAACCGAUCAGAUUGGAGUUUCUCACUGAUCAAAAUCAGGAACUUAUCGCAUCACUCAGUAGCACCAUGAACUAUGAGGAUCCGAACAUCAACGUGGCGAUUCCUGUGUAUUCCAUUCACGGCAAUCACGACGAUGCGACCGGCUUCGGGCACAUCAGCGCAAUGGAACUGCUCAGCACCAACGGGUACGUGAACUACUUCGGAAAGUGGAACGAUCUCAAUAAGAUCGUGAUCAAUCCCAUCUUGCUGCGGAAAGGCGAAACGAAGCUUGCGCUUUACGGGCUCAACUACAUAGCUGAUGCGCGGUUGUGUCGUUUGUUGGAGGAGCGAAAGGUUUUCUUCCAAAAGCCAGAGGAGCAGGGUUGGUUCCACGUUCUCGUGUUGCAUCAAAAUCGUGCUGACCGUGGGCCAAAGAACUACUUACCGGAACAUGCUUUGCCGAAGUUUUUGGAUCUCGUAAUUUGGGGCCACGAGCACGACUGUCGCAUUCGGCCGGAGGAGAAUCCGCAUGGCAAGUUUUACGUCAGCCAGCCCGGCUCAACGGUGGCCACAUCACUGUCGGAAGGUGAAUCCAUCGAGAAGUGCUGUGCGCUGCUUCGGAUCCACAAAGGUAUGUUUUGUAUGGAUCCGAUUCGACUGACGACGGUGCGGCCGUUCGUAUUUGAGUCUGUUGAGCUGGAUUCGCUAAGCGAUCAGCUCGAUCUUGAGGUGGGCGAUGCUCAAGAAAAGGUCAUGGAUUUUGCGGCCGAGCGAGUGGAAGAGUUAAUUCAGCGGGCCAAAGCAAAGCUCACCGGGAAUGAACGGCAACCGAAGAUACCUCUCAUACGACUCCGACUGGUGACAACGCACGUCGAAUAUCAGUUUAACAGAAUCCGCUUCGGACAGCGGUACAUGGGUAAGGUUGCAAACCCACUCGACAUGAUACUGUUUCAGAAGAAGGUCGUCCGCGUUAAAGACGAAUCGGUCAAGCUGGAUAGUAAAGCGUUUAGCGCGGCCUACAUUCAUCAGCGUCAGCAGAAUGCCAACCGACCGGAAGAUAUCGUGUACCGCUAUUUUCAGGAAGCGGAUGAAGCGAACAAGCUGACGGUACUGUGUCCUCGUGCCAUGAUGGAAUUGGACCGGCGAAUGGUGUUCCAUGAAGAUGACGACGCGGCGGAUAAGAUUCUAAAGUUUUACGAAGAUAAGGCACUUGAGUUCUUGGUAUCCCAGGUGCACCUGACGGAUGAGGGAUUCGACGAAGUGUGGGCGAAUUAUGCUGACAAAAUACCCAGUCUGUACGACGACAUUAGCGCAGUGCUCGGUAGUCGAGCGCAAAAGCCGGCCGACCCAAUGCAACGCAUCCAUCCCACUGCAGCGCAUCCGAGCGAUGGAGAAACGAGCGCUAAAAAGCCCGCUUCAGAAACUGCGAGGGCGAAAGCGGCACCACGGGCUAGUGCAGCGAGAGGGCGUGCUGCUGCUAAGAAAACGGCGUCUGAAGCGGUGAAAACUACGGUCGCUGUGAGUGGUAUCCGGUCACAGGCAUCCAUCGCGUCGAUGUUCAGCCAGCAAUCGUCUAACAGCUCUGUGACAACCGUCGCUAGCCGAACGUCAGCUAGAAAACCAGCCGCUAAACGUGGCCGACCGAUGGUGUAUGAUUCGGAUGAAGACGAUUAG